GUGCUGGAAGGGGCCAGCCUGGAGACAGUCAAGGUGGGGAAGACAUAUGAGCUACUCAACUGUGACAAGCACAAGUCUUUGCUGUUGAAGAAUGGACGAGACCCUGGGGAAGUGAGGCCAGACAUAGCCCACCAGAGCCUGCUGAUGCUGAUGGACAGUCCCCUGAACCGGGCUGGUCUGCUGCAGGUGUACAUCCAUACGCAGAAGAAUGUUCUGAUCGAAGUGAACCCCCAGACUCGAAUCCCCAGGACCUUUGACCGCUUUUGUGGCCUGAUGGUUCAGCUUUUACACAAACUCAGUGUUCGAGCAGCUGAUGGCCCACAGAAGCUCUUGAAGGUAAUUAAGAAUCCAGUGUCAGACCACUUCCCUGUUGGAUGUAUGAAAAUCGGCACUUCUUUUUCCAUUCCCACCAUCAGUGACGUGCGCGAGUUGGCGCCCAGCAGUGACCCUAUUGUUUUUGUGGUGGGGGCCUUUGCCCACGGCAAGGUCAGUGUGGAGUACACAGAGAAGAUGGUGUCCAUCAGCAACUACCCCCUCUCUGCUGCUCUUACCUGUGCAAAACUUACCACAGCCUUCGAGGAAGCAUGGGGGAUCAUGUGAUAGGAGUGGAAUCUGUUCUGGAACCAGAGACUUGCCAUACAUCCCUUGACUCUGUUUUGACUGCUGGAAUAUGACCUUCCUGCACUGAGGCUAAGGAACUGGGGAAGCAGAGCUGUAUAUUUGCUAUUUGUCCUAUAAAAGCUGUUCUUGCAAA